AUGUCUUCUCUCAUCAUCCCCAUUCUCUGCCAAUUGGCAUACAUUCCCUUUAUUUAUUGGUUCGUGGAAUUGGUUCAAAACAAAUUAUGUCUUUUGUGUAUUGGAGAGUAUCGAUGGAUCUAUCCAACUUCACAGUAUCAUCAUUUUUCUUUUGACUCUGUCAAAGCAUGGGCUCUAUUGCCAAUCCUCUUCUACUCGAUUUAUUACUUUUUCUUGAUUCCUAGGAGAGUUAAUCUUUGGUUGGGUUUCAUCAUUAAUGCUACUGCUGGUUAUGUCACUGAAUUCAUUGUUGGUUAUUUCUGCACAUACGUCUUGAAAGAAACAUUGCAAGAAUGGCCACAUUCCUUAUUCAAGUUUGUGGGAGGAAUUGAUUGUUAUAUCAUGUGGAUUUUCGAUGCAGUAUUGUAUCACUGGUUGGUUUUCGAAAUGCCACUCCUCUUGGUUCGAUAUGUCUCUUCUUCGAAGAAGGCAAGCGAACAAAAUCCUUCGGUAAAAGUCAAUGAAGCCAAAAUAGAUUAA